UAUUUUCUCUAAAACGGUUAGGGAUUAAGAAAUAAAACCUUUUGAGGUUAUAAAGGGGCCAAUUUACUGUUAUUAAAUCUCCAAAUUACUACCAAAGGAUUAUUAAUGUCAUCUAAAACGGCCUUUUAAAUAAUUUCGAAAUAACCUUGUCCUUAAAUUGAAGCGAUAAAUUCAAGUUUUUCUAACGAUUCAUUAAAUUAUAGAGCUGUUAUUUAUCUCUCAAUUGCGGAUAUGAGUGCUUUUUUACACCUAGAAAAUUGACAAUACAUUCCAACAAUACCUAAAACGAUUGAAUACAUCGUACAUUGAUUUAUUAAAAAAAUUAUUUCUACAAUUUAAGUAUCAAUUAUUUUCUGAUUCAAAAAAAAUAAAGAGUUUCUUGAUGUUUGUCAAAAUGGUUUAAAUCGAUUCGAAACAUAAUUAUAUUAUAAUGACAAAACAAGUCAAAAGAAUUAAAAUGGAUGUUUAUCAGAAUAUUUAAAGGAUUUAGAUUACUCUACUCAAUUACAAACAACUCGAGAACACUUAACGAUGCUGAUUUUAUUUAAUAAAUGAUUUGGAUGUCUUUUGGAAAUCUUAUUGGUGCAUGUCAAAAUAGUUUAUAUCUAUGAGUUACAUCAUCUUAUUACUUGACAAGGAUGAACAACAAUAAUUCACUAUGAAAUAAAUCAAGAUUUUUAUAUGAAACAUUGUCAUAUGAUAGAGCUUAACUCCACGCUCAAUGAAACUAUUGUAAAAGAUUUUUUGUUGGUUUAGAUAUCAUAAUAAAUGAUGAUCUUUUCAAAUACAAAAAGAAAUAUUAUUUGAAGUAAUUAAUUGAAAAAUAAAUAUGAUUUGCCGGUGAAAUCCGUGUUGUUUAUCAGUGUUUGGGGCAGGGCAUCCAUAUCUUAGGUCAUAGGGCAUCAGUCGCACUCUAUACGUGAGGCGCUCUCAUUACAGAAGGAUCUUGGCAAACUUCGUUCAGUAGUUGAGUUUGUAACAUCACAGACAGAAGAAAUCUUCCAAAAAAUGGCGGUAAAAAAAAAAGAUGUUCAUCUACCACGAUUAGAAUCCGUGGAAAGAAUAACACAGUUCCCAAUCGUUGAAUCUGGCUGGAAAUACGCCGAAAAUAUUUAUAAAAGAAUUAAGAAUUCUAACAAUUUGUUCCAAUGGACUCUCGACACGGCCGAGAAUUCCAUUUAUGGAUUUAUAGACUCAGCUUCUCCUGCGGUUUUUUUUAUUGAGGGACCUUUAUCAACUGUUGACAAAGUCCUUUGUAAAAGCUUGGAUAUCGUCGAACAAAGAGUACCAUCGAUAAAUCUUCCACCACAACUGAUUUAUUACAACACCAAACGUUAUGUAACCGAUGUGAGUGGAAGAAUUGUAAAGCCAGUCUUAAAACGUACCAAUUCAGUUAAACAAAUUGGAAACGCCGUUUUAUCCAGCAAAUACACCGCAUUUGCCGCUGAUAAAUUAGAUGGGGCUCUCAACGUUGCUGAUAAAUAUGUGGAUAAAUACCUUCCUGCUGAUACAACAGAUGGACAAUUAAAUGACGAUGUCUCAUCUAAAAAAUAUCCCGAUGGCCCAACUAAUAAAGCAAUUCAAACGAUUGUUCAUACGGCAAGAUUUUCAAGAAAACUUCGACGUCGAUUAACAAGUAGAACUUUGGCGGAAGCGCGAGCUUUAAAAGAACAAAGCGCCGAGGCAAUUCACGUUUUAGCUUACGUAGCUGAAUUAGUUUACACAGAUCCAAAAUUGGCGAUACAAAAAGGAAAAGAACUUUGGGCUACAUUAAGCAAAGAUGAACCCGAAAAUCAAGCACGACCAGAAACGUUAGAACAACUAAUCGUAAUGUUAACGAGAGAAUCAGCUCGAAGAAUCGUUCAUUUCGUUAAUUUCACAAGCGCGGGUGUUAGUAAACUUCCAAGACAAGGCACAAGAUAUAUAAGAAGCGUUACAAAGAAAUGCAUCGAAGUUGUUAAUUCUUUAUUAAAAACGGUUCAUUUAGAAGGAGUUGGCUUGGCAGUGUUUGAUAGAGCUGUUUUAAGAGCGCGUAGUUUUACGGAAAUUUUAAAACAACUUAAUACUGUUGUUACUGACGUCUUGGAACAAUUAGCGGUUGUUUUGGCACAACAAGUUAAAACUAAAGAAACAGAAAAAUCGGUUCAAAAUCAACCACAAAGUAAAAUUAUCCCGCAAACAACCGUUACAAACACCACGACGAAUAAAACAUACGAAAUUCGACAACAAUUUGAAACUUUACAACCACCUGUUUCACCAAAAAGUUUUAAAGCUACUCAUAAUAGGCAGGUUGCUAAUGGUGUUGAAACUGUGGCUGCAUCUUAAAAUCAUCUUUAUUUAUGAAUAUAUUUAAUUAAUAAGGAGGGAUUUUCUUUUUAAUGAAAGUGUAUCGAGUUUAUUAAAA